AUACGAAGAGAGCUCUUCAUCACAGGUCUACAGCAUCCCAGGCCAGACAAGACAGUUGUCUUACAUCUGCAAGCCACCCAGGUUCGAUACGAAGUCGCCAUCAUCUCUGAUGCAGAACUCUUAAUAACCCGCAGUCAGCAAGACAAAUUCCAUCUUAUCUUGAGAAGUCGGAACAGGUGCACUGUUCUAACCAGCUCUUGCCUGAUACCUUCUUCACUUUCCCGCCUUCUCGCGCCCACGGACUUGCCGCAUCUACUUGGCGAUGGCGAAGUAUUCCACUACCCCAAUAGCUUCCGGUUCUUGAGCUUCCACAACCCGAACGGUGAGUGGCCACCGCGCUCCGAGAGACAAGGCGCCAAUCCAAUUCACUAA